AGUUUCUCUAAUCUGUGAACAGAUGUCAGAUGAUUAUAUCAAUAUCUAAAUUUUGUAAUUAUUUAUACCAGUCAUCAAAUAAAAUUUUAAAAGCCAUCACUUUUUUACCUAACUUAUCUUUAAUAAAAGCAUAAAUUUUACAUUUCUACAAACAAAAAUGUUACAAAGUGGUUUAUCUAUGACUGUUAAUUUGAGAGCAUUAUCUAGAUCCAUUGUAUACGUUCCUAAACACAGGCCGCCCGAUCUCAAGGAUUUUGAAACUCUCAAGGAAUUUCUUACUAAAUAUAAUAAAAUACUUAUUCUAACUGGUGCUGGAAUAUCCACAGAGUCAGGCAUACCGGACUACAGAUCAGAAGAAGUAGGUUUAUAUGCUCGCAGUAAUCACAAGCCUAUUCAGUAUCAGGAUUUUGUGAAGUACCCCAAAGUUCGACAGAGGUACUGGGCAAGGAACUUUAUUGGAUGGCCAAGGUUGCACCAUAAAGCUGGAUCCAAAAAUGUUAUUGAACUCCAUGGAACAGGUUACAUUGUGAAGUGUUUAAACUGUCCAUAUGAAGUCAGUAGGACCGAGCUUCAAGAGAAAUUGUUGAGAGAUAAUCUGGACAUGGAAAAUAAUUUUGGUAUGAUUCGACCAGAUGGGGAUGUUGAUCUCACCAAGGAACAAGAGAGUAGAUUCAGAUCGCCCUUGUGCCCCAAAUGCGAAGGCCCAUUAAAACCAGACAUAGUAUUUUUUGGAGAUAAUGUUCCAAAACUUCGAGUGGAGGUUGUAAGGAAUGAAGUCUCUUCAAGUGAAGCUGUCUUUGUUCUGGGCUCAAGUCUAACAGUAUAUUCAAGUUAUAGAAUAAUUUUGCAAGCAAAAGAGGAAAAUAAAUGUGUUGCCAUAUUAAAUAUAGGUCCUACGAGAGCUGACAAUAUUGCAGAUAUUAAAAUAGCAACAAAAUGUGGAGAUUUAUUGCCAGAGUUGUGUAGUACAAUUUUAUAGUGUCGUAGUAUUAAGCACUAGGUAUGACCUUUAUGACAUUAAACUAUGCUCAUUGAAGUACAAGCCUAUCAAAAAUUUUAUUCUCAGUAAGGGCUAAAUUCUUUUGGUCAUUCUGAUGAGAUAUAGUGUGGGGUUAGUCUUGGGCAUAUUUAUUAUUUUGUUUUCAGUGUAAAACAAACAAAUUCAUUACUAAAUAUAUGUACACAAGUUUGAGAUGUGGCAAUGGAAAAUAUUUCAAAUUAAAUUUGAUACUGGGAUGAUUCAAUGUUACACUGAAAACCAAUACAACAUUGUAACCUGCACAUUUUACAACAGCACAUUUUAUUUUAGUUUCAUAGUACGUCUUCAAUUUUUCCAAUGUUGUAAGUGCUCAUGGGCAAUAGUAGUCACUUUUUAGGUAAGCUACAUGUUAUAAAAAAAUAUUUGUUGAGUUUGUGAUUUAAAUGUAAAUAAUUAAUACAAUAUUGUGACAAUG